AGAAGAAGAAGAAGAAGGCGUGCGUCACAAGUCUUACGUACACGCCCACAACAAACAUGGCGGACGAUCACACGGAUGCAGAUCAGUCGAUGGAGGGACACACACCUGUCUCUGAAAACCCGCAUGCAGAGUUCGGCCUGACUGACAACAUCCAGAGGACGGUGGAGAACGAGAAGGCGAACGCGGAGAAGCUGAAGCAGAAGGUGGACCUGCAGGCGCUGCCGACCCGGGCCUACCUGGACCAGACGGUGGUUCCCAUCCUGCUGCAGGGUCUGUCGGUUCUGGCCAAGGAGAGACCCCCGAACCCCAUCGAGUAUCUGGCGGCGUUCCUCUUGAAGAACAAAUCCCAGUUUGAGGACAGAAAUUAAAGUUUGAUCAACUCGUGUGUUAAUAAAGUUUUUGUUCUUGUUUUUAUUUGUAAUAAACAUGAAGGUGUGAGCUGA